UUCUCUGGGCUGUUGGCUUUCUAGAGCUCACCUGUUUGUUUUGGAAAGCUGGUAAUUUGCCAUGCAGAUCAACACCUCUGCUUUCCCUUUGUGGAGCCAUCCCUGUGUUUUCUCUGGCCUAUAAAACAGCAUUGGUUCCUGAGGCAGCAGAGAGCAUUAUGUGAGGAGGUCCAGAAGGCAGAAGGAGGCAGCCAAGAACAAGAGUCCUACAAUCCAGGGACGAGACUUGAAUGCCAACAUGUCAGUGCUUACCCCUAUUUUGACCCCACCUGAGGUGAAGGAGUACAUGAUUAAAGGCGAGCGCUUUAUCAAGUGGGAUGAUGAUUCCACAAAUGCCUCUCCUGUGAUUCUGCGGGUAGACCCAAAGGGCUUUUAUCUCUAUUGGACCUCUCAGAGUAAGGAAAUGGAAUUUUUGGAUAUAACAAGCAUUCGAGACACUAGAGUUGGGAAAUUUGCCAAGAUUCCCAAGAGCCAGAAGCUCCGAGAGGUUUUCAACUUGGAUUUCCCAGACAAUACUUUCUUUCUCAAGACGUUGACAGUGGUUUCUGGUCCCAAUAUGGUGGACCUCACCUUUCACAAUUUUGUUUCCUAUAAAGAAAAUGUUGGGAAGGUUUGGGCAGAUGAUAUCAUGGCCAUUACAAGGAACCCCUUUACAUAUAAUGCUUCCCGCUAUACCUUCCUGGAGAAAAUACUGGUGAAGCUGAAGAUGCAGCUGAAUAGUGAGGGGAAAAUCCCUGUCAAGAACAUUUUUCAAAUGUUUCCUGCAGACAGAAAAAGGGUAGAAGCAGCAUUAAGUGCUUGCCAUCUUCCAAAGGGCAAAAAUGACGGCAUCAAUCCUGAGGACUUCCCUGAAGCUGUUUACAAAACAUUCUUGAUGAACCUGUGUCCUCGGCCAGAGAUUGAUGAGAUAUUUACUUCACACCAUUCAAAAGCCAAACCGUACAUGACCAAAGAUCACUUGACAAAAUUUAUUAGCAAGAAGCAGCGAUAUUCUCACCUCAAUGACAUGCUCUUCCCCCCUGCCAAGCCAGAACAAGUGCAGGGUCUCAUAGAAAAAUAUGAGCCCAGUGGGAUGAAUGUUCAGAGAGGGCAGCUAUCUCCAGAGGGAAUGGUUUGGUUUUUGUGUGGUCCUGAAAACAGUAUAGUUUCACAAGACAGACUUUUGCUGUACCAAGAUAUGAGCCAGCCACUCUCUCAUUACUUCAUCAACUCAUCCCACAACACUUACCUAACAGCUGGACAAUUUUCUGGAAUCUCCUCUCCUGAAAUGUAUCGCCAGGCCCUAUUGGCUGGCUGCCGCUGUGUAGAACUCGAUUGCUGGAAGGGGCGUCCUCCAGAUGAGGAGCCCAUCAUCACCCAUGGAUUCACCAUGACAACUGAAAUAUUGUUCAAGGAUGUAAUUGAGGCUAUUGCAGAAAGUGCUUUCAAGACCUCCCCCUAUCCAGUGAUCCUGUCCUUUGAGAACCAUGUGGACUCGCCCAAGCAGCAGGCUAAGAUGGCUGAGUACUGCAGGACCAUAUUUGGGGACAUGCUGUUGACAGAACCACUGGAAAAAUUUCCACUAAAACCAGGAAUUCCACUGCCAAGCCCCCAGGAUCUCAUGGGGAAAAUCGUGAUUAAGAACAAGAAGAAUCAGUUCAUGCCUGGGGAGAACCCAGAUACUCUGAAGAAAGGGAGGAGUCUAGACGAUGAAGUAACUGACCAGACCACCUUAAUGGACAAGGAUAGCACAGCCAGGCCAGGCGAAGCAACUGAAGAGGUGUCUGAAGUAGAGAGAGACAUGGGAAACCUGAAUGAAGAGGAGAUUAAAAAGUUGCAGUCUGAUGAGGGUACUGCAGGUCUGGAAGUAACAGCUUAUGAAGAAAUGUCCAGCCUGGUUAAUUACAUCCAGCCCAUCAAAUUCGAAUCUUUUGAAAUCUCAGCACAAAAGAACCGGAGUUAUGUCGUUUCCUCAUUCACUGAGAUGAAGGCUUAUGAUCUAUUGACCAAAUCACCCAUCCAGUUUGUAGACUAUAACAAGAGACAGAUGAGCCGAAUUUAUCCCAAGGGUACCCGGAUGGACUCUUCUAACUACAUGCCUCAGAUGUUCUGGAAUGUUGGCUGCCAAAUGGUGGCAUUAAACUUCCAGACAAUGGAUAACCCCAUGCAGGAGAACUUGGCUCUCUUUGAAUUCAAUGGGCAGAGUGGCUAUCUUCUCAAACACGACUUCAUGCGUCGCCCAGAUAAGCAAUUUGACCCUUUCUCCGUGGAUCGCAUUGAUGUGGUGGUGGCAAGUACAUUGUCAAUAACAAUAAUUUCUGGCCAGUUCCUAUCAGAACGUAGUGUGAGGACAUAUGUAGAAGUGGAGUUAUAUGGGCUGCCGGGUGAUCCAAAACGCAGAUAUAGAACCAAGAUGCCACCAACUGCCAACUCAAUCAACCCUGUAUGGAAGGAGGAUGUUUUUGUAUUUGAAAAGAUUUUGAUGCCAGAGCUGGCUUCUCUCAGAAUUGUGGCAUGGGAGGAAGGAGGAAAGUUCAUUGGGCACCGUGUCAUUCCCAUCACCGCUGUGCACUCAGGCUAUCAUCAUGUCUGCCUUCGUAGUGAGAGCAAUAUGCCACUUACAAUGCCCUCUCUUUUUGUGUAUGUGGAGAUGAAAGACUAUGUUCCUGAUUCGUGGGCAGAUCUCACCAUGGCCCUCUCCAACCCAAUAAAGUUUUUUAAUGCACACGACAAAAAAAUAGUGAAGAAGAGCCAAGAGGCUAGUCCUGAGAUGCCAGAUGUACAAAAAGGUCUUUCAACUGUUCAACUCAAUACCAAUGGAACACCUCAUGCCACAGGGACCUUCAGCACACCUCCUUCAAAUGGGCCUGCAGGAACCUUGGCUGCAGGAAAAGAAGGAACCAUGAAAGAACUUACAAAAGGAACUACAGAACCGCAGACAGCAAGCAUUGAAGAGCUGCAGCGGAUGAAGAAUUUUGGGAAACUGUUGAAGAAGCAGGAGAAGGAGCUGAAGGAGCUAGAGCGGAAGACAAUCAAGCGCAGGGAAGAGCUGUUGCAGAAAUAUGCUGUCCUUUUCAUGGAGCUGGGUACCCAGGCUGGCAAAAAGAAAAUGCCAUGCCCUCCAAAAGCCCAGAAAAAUAAAAGUUGCAGGAAGUCGCCUUUGAAUGAGAGCAGUUCAGGAAAGAAUGGUGGGGAGAUGGCAGAGAAUCCUGACAACAGAGUCUUGGAAUUGAAAGAGAAGCUGGAGGAAGACCUAACUCAGCUAGGGGAAGAGCAGUAUGAUGCGAUUCGGAAGAAGAAAGAGCAACAGGCCACAGAGCAAAUUGCUAAAAUAAUUGAACUUGCAAGAGAAAAGCAAGCAUCUGAGCUAAAGGCACUAAAAGAGUCCUGGGAAAGUGACACUAAAGAAAUGAAAAAGAAACUAGAGGCAAAGAGGCUGGACAAAAUUCAGACCAUGGCUAAGAACACCACCGACAAGUGUGCCCAGGAAAGAUUGAAGAGAGAAAUCAAUAAUGCACACAUUCAGGAAGUAGUACAGAUGGUCAAACAAAUGAAUGAAAAGCAGACUAGAUAUCAAGAAAUACUGGAAACAAGGCAGACAGCCUGCCUAGAAAAGAUCAAGCAAAAAGAAAACCAGCUCCAGGAGGAGGCAUUCGCCGAGUACCAAGACAAAAUGAAAGCUCUUAGCAUGGAGGCGCAAGAUUUAGUGAAGAACUGUGUGAAAGUUGAUAUGGCAAAGGAAGAGGCCCUCAACACUGCCAGUGAGGGAGACCAGGGGCUGAAGCAACAGCUACAAGAUAACAGCCUAAUACCUGAAGUUGUAAAGUGUGAAACUCAGAUGGAUGAGAAUGCUGUAGAGGAUGAGGAAUCCACUGAUACUGAGGAGAGCAGGCUCUGAGGAUCCCAUUUGCACUGGCUCUUUGAAGGCUCUCUUUAUUUUUGAUUUUUUUUAAAAAAAAUGACUUUCAUUUUAUUUCAGACAUUACAGUACCAAGAACUUAAUGGGAUACCUCGUUUCAUUUCCAGAGGCUCCCUGGACCUUUUGUUAUUUUGAUCUGGUAACCCAGAUUACUUUGCAUCUAUAUGGAAGUUUCUAUUUUUGGGGAUCUGUAGUGAGGAUACAGGACUGAAAUAAACUUUUUAAGAAUCUGCAGUCAGAAUUCACAAAGAACUUAAGAAGGAUCCAGUUCAUCCAGUAUGCCGUUCCCCUGUCAAGGCAUGAAGGCAAUAGCCUACCCUCAUUCGUCCAAUGGUUUAUGACUGGUUUAAUGAAAAAAGUGCCCAGUCAGGGGUAAUUGUAUGGUCAAAUGGAGGCCUGAGAUAAUCUCAGGUACCCAAGCACCCACAAAUCAGUUGCUACUGGCCCUGAGUCAUCUAAAAUCUUUCACCUCAAGUUACUGGCUCAAUAAAACUGUUAUAUAAUAUAGAAACAUUAAUCAAAACAUAUGGGCCAGCAAUGUAUUUGAAGUUAAGCUAGCUGUGGGCGCUUCUAUAUGGAAGUUUAUUGAGGACUUGGUGCUAUUCAGGUAUACAGAUUUUGUGCAGCUUUCAUAUAAUGUCAUCAUUAUCAAAAUGCCAACCUAUAUUAUUUUCCUAUUUAAUCUGGAUCGACUGUUUCCACAGAAAAUCCGUUAAGUAAAACAAAAGCCUGUGGAAAUUUGGAUUUUGGGAAGAAAGAAUGGGAUGCCAUUUUGUCAAGGAAUCUGUCUUUUGCAUGCUGCUUUAUCUGUAACUCCAAAGCCAAUUCCAGGAAGAAGCAAACACUAACAUAUGUAGAGGUGGUUUUGGUGCCAGUGUUUGCUUCUCACCAGCUGCAUACACACAUCACAUAACUGCCCUCACCAGGUCUUUCUCUGAAGGCAACAAAAUGGCAGUCUCAGUUUUGCUGGCCUACAAUAAAAGCCUAUAUAUAUAAAAGCAACUAAUCUACAGAUAGCAGUUUUUUUACAAAAAUCAAUGCAACUCUUAUAAGUUUUUCCUGUCUAUCAACCAAACCAACCAACCUACCAAUCAAUUGGGAUGGAUGGAUCUGUCAUUUUCAGUUUAUGUUUCUCAUUUUUCCAGUCUUAAAUUCAAUUCUCUAUAUUUCCACAUCAGACUGCAAAUCUUUCUCUUUUUAAAGUCCUCCUGAAUAUUUGUCAGUAUUUUAGCAGAAAUUUCUUCUAAUGCACAUUUGGUAUGCGAUAUACACGUUUUUGCAAACAAUUUUCCUUAAUAUAAAGAUUUUGUAUGUUAUUACAACCAUUAUACAUGUAUAAACACAUUGGUCCUUUAAAUGCCCUAACCUAAUGGUAAAUACAGCUAUAUUAUUUCAUGGUGCGUCCCUUAGCUCUGGGAUGAGCCUGUCCUUCCUCUGGCUUCAUGACUGAAAUUACAGUGAAUCUAAUACUGGAUUCCACCAACCAUGAGUCUCACCCUUCACCCAAGCUCCAAAAGACUGCCUGCCUUUAAAAAAAAAAAUCAUGAGUAUUCAUACAUUUAUCCAUUCAUCUCUUAUUUUUUAAAGGAAACUAUGUUUAUGUUGCAAUCCUAACACACUUAUUAAUACUGAAUAGUAAGGAAGUUCCUUGUUGACAUCACAGAAGGAAAGCUAUGCAGCCUCAUGCACAACUGGCUAUCACUUCAAAUAUGCUGAAAUCUCCCCCACCCCAGCUCAAAUCUAGAAAGGAAUACGUAUUACGUACAUUUGGAUUGUUUGCAACAUGGGUGUUUCCACUGUGUAAAUCAUGGUACUCGGGCUCUGUCCCUUCUUUUUACCAUUUUAUGUUCGCUCUUAAUACUGAGUUUCUGAACAGAA